AUGGAGGAAAGAAAAGGCCGAAAAAAGAAGGUGCUCCUCAUGGGGAAAUCCGGCUCCGGAAAGUCUUCCAUGAGAUCUAUCGUAUUCAGUAACUACGUCGCGAAGGAUACCCGCAGGUUGGGCGCCACGAUCGAUGUUGAACACUCCCACGUCAGGUUCCUCGGGAACUUGACGUUAAACUUAUGGGAUUGUGGUGGUCAGGACGCUUUCAUGGAGAACUAUCUGGCGCAACAACGUGAUCACAUUUUCAAGAAUGUCGAGGUCCUCAUCUACGUUUUUGACAUCGAGUCGCGCGAGUUUGAUCGAGAUCUCAUCACCUACAGCUCGUGUAUUGAGGCUUUGCGCGACAACAGCAGUCAUGCUCUCAUCUUCUGUUUAGUCCACAAGAUGGAUCUGGUACAAACAGAGCUACGAGAGAAACUGUUCUUGGAGCGGAGCGCGGUGUUAAAGGAGCGCAGUAGGGGAAUGUCGAUUGUUUGCUAUCCAACAAGUAUCUGGGAUGAAACUCUUUACAAGGCGUGGGCACAAAUCGUCUAUAACUUAAUACCAAACCUCCCACAGCUCGAAAAUCACCUCAGACGCUUCGCAGAGAUUGCCGAAGCCGAAGAAGUUAUUCUCUUCGAGCGGACUACCUUCCUCGUCAUCUCUGCUGUUACGCGCUCCACGGAGCCAAAUCCCUACCCCGACCGCUUUGAGAAGAUCUCGAACAUUGUCAAACAGUUCAAGCAGUCGUGCACCAAGAUGGCGUCUAAUUUCACGGCUUUUGAGCUGCGAGCUCACAUGUUUAGCGCCUUUAUUGACGUGCUGACACCAAAUACAUAUAUCCUCGUGGUCAUGCCAGCCAAUGCGGCAGAGAGUGCAACGACUUUGAUGAACAUUGCAGUUGCGAGGAAGCAUUUUGAAAAGCUCGAGAAAGACAGUGGCGGUAGAGGAGCAGAAAAGCAGGUGGAAAAUGGCGUAGGUUUGCAUUAG